GCCAGCCUCCACUCGUGAAGUAGCAGUCAAGCUAGCCGCCCCUCAUUUUGUUCAUCUUCGGCAUUACGGUAAUAAGUCGCCAACGCGCGGCGAAAUUUGGACCGAAUGUUGUGAAUCCGCCACGCGCGACGCCCCGGAUCACGACUUUAGUGGACUAAAACAUCAUCCGCGCAAUCUUCGUGUCGGGUUGGAGUCGCCUCGUGCACGUGGAAGCUUCUCGGCCUAGCUUAAUUUAGCUUAGCUGGCUCACAAAGAGACGCGUUUGUGAUCAAAACGUCGCCAAGCAGAGAUCAAGAGCCGAAAGUGUCGUGACCGCCGUGUGAAAAUGUGCGCGAGGAGGCCAGCGGAGUACGAGGAGGAACUUCGCGGCCCAAAAGAGGAGAAGGAGCCACAACGUCGGCGACUGGACGCUGCGUUCAAUCUGCGGCCUCGGAUUGUGCUACGCAGAGCAGACAUCACUGAAGAUCUUCGUACUGAGAAGCAGGAGCCAGAGCCCCCUCACAUUAAAGAGGAAGUGGAGGACGAAGAGGUCCACCACAUCAAAGAGGAAGAGGAGCCGAUUUCGAUUAAAAAAGAGGAGGAAGAAGCGAGGUCCCACAUCAAACAGGAAGGGGAGGAGGUGGUUGUCACCAAGUUUCCAUCGACUGAUAUCCCUUUGAAGAGUGAAGAUGAUGGUCAAAGUGAGCAGAGCAGACGGGUCGAGCCUCCAAACAGCACCUCAAGUCAACACAUGACAACAGAAGGUGAUGGAGACCGCUGUGCAGUAUCACAAGCAGACGGCCUCUUAGCUCCACUGUCAGAUCGUGACGACGUGACGUCACACUCUACUCACACUGAUGAUUAUGGUAAACAGUCUGAAGGUGAUAUGACAUGUCACACCGACAGCAAACAAUGGAAAUGUUCUCAUUGUGGGAAAACGUUUGCUUAUAAGAGCAGUUUGAAACACCACGUGAGAACACACACUGGUGAGAAACCCUUUUCCUGCUCGGUUUGCGGUCAAAGAUUCUCUAUGAAGGGAAGUUUAGUAAAACACACGAGAACCCACACUGGUGAGAAACCUUUUUCCUGCUCACUUUGUGGUCAAAGAUUCUCUGAGAAGGGACAUUUACAAAUACACACUAGAAGCCACACUGGUGAGAAACCUUUUGCCUGCUCAGUUUGUGGUCAAAGAUUCUCUGUGAAGGGACACUUAAAAAUACACACAAGAACCCACACUGGUGAGAAACCUUUUUCCUGCUCAGUUUGUGGUCAAACAUUCUCUGUGAAGGGACACUUAAAUAUACACACAAGAACCCACACUGGUGAGAAACCUUUUUCCUGCUCACUUUGUGGUCAAACAUUCGCGCAUAAGGGAAGCUUAAAAAGACACACAAGAACCCACACCGGGGAGAAACCUUUUCCCUGCUCAGUUUGCGGUCAAAGGUUCACGCAUAAGGGAAACCUAAAAAGACAUACAAUAACCCACACUGGUGAGAAACCUUUUUCCUGCUCAGUUUGUGGUCAAAGGUUCUCUGUGAAUGCACACUUAAAAAUACACACAAGAACCCACACUGGUGAGAAACCAUUUUCUUGCUCAGAGUGUGAGCAAAGAUUCACGCAGAAGGGAAGCUUAACAUUACACACAAUAACCCACACUGGUGAGAAACCUUUUUCUUGUUCAGAUUGUGGUCAAAGAUUCUCUGUAAAGCUACACUUAACAAACCACACAAGAACCCACACUGGUGAGAAGCCUUUUUCUUGCUCAGAUUGUGGUCAAAGGUUCUCUGAAAGGGGAAACUUAAAAAAACACACAAGAACCCACACUGGUGAGAAACCUUUUUCUUGCUCAGAUUGUGGUCAAACAUUCACUCGGAAGGAAUACUUAAAAAUACACGCAAGAACCCACACUGGUGAGAAACCGUUUCCCUGCUCAGUUUGUGGCCAAAGAGUCUCUCGUUCGUGUCGGGUUAAGGCGCACAAGUGUGCUGGUGACAAUAGCAGUGAUCAAGAUGCUUUUAAUGAACAUGUAAAUGUUAUGUAAAUUCAAUAAUAAUUUUAGAAUCCUAUACUGAUGAAAUAUUGGUUUUCAGCCAGAUUUUGGCCCGCCCACAUUUUGUACAUGUCAGCCUGUUACAGCCUGACACAUAACGAGCAAAAUGCCAAUUACAUGUCCUCAUUGAACUUCUGUUUUCCAUUGUGUAAUUUAUGCCCAUAUUAAAAUUCAGGAUGAAUUAUUUUGACAAAUAUGAGUGAAAAUAGUAAUCGUGAAAUAUGUUGGAAUGCUUGUUUAAAAAAAAAUCGAAAUGCCUCCUUGAGGAAAAAAGACAAACACCUCAUCCCACAUCAAGUAAUCCUAGCAGAUUCAUUUCCACAUAUGUCAGCUCAGUUUUUAAUUGAUUGCACCACAAAAGUGUAGUAUCUGUGUGUGUGUAUGUGUCGAUCAAAUGUAUGUACUCUGCAGAUCACAAUGACGUUUCUGUAGGCGGCAUUGUGUGACAGACGUGGACUUCGGCCGGCUGCCAUAACGCGGAAUGACCCGUGACGAAGGCCUAACGCGUUACGUCGCUUCGUGUCCUGGAACUGCAGCUGAUCUGAUUUGAUCUUAACCGAUCCAGAAAAUCUAAAAAAAAAAAAAAAAAAAUGGGAUUGAUUGUUGUAAUAUUUUCAGAGCUGAUAUUUUGAAGCUGACAAGAGUAAAGAUGUCCGUAUCAAUUUUGGUUGUUGACAGUUUUGGUACAUUAAGCCAUGUUUUUUGGGGUUCAGUCAAAACCGAUACCAUUAUAUCAUGACACCAGUAUCAUUUUCAUUGCCAACAGAUGGUUCAAUGUUGAGGUCAUCACUGUUCAUCACCUGCUUGACACUCUACACCAUCCCAGCUUUCCAAUGGCACCUGUUAUGAAGAAUAAAAUUGGUUUAAAAAAAAAUAUAUAUAUAUAUAUAUAUAUAUAUAUAUUUGGGUUCAAAAUGACUACAAGUAUUAUUUUCAUUGCCAACGGUUCACUUUUGAGGUCAUCACUGAUUUUGAUCGGCUCCCAUUGCCACAAAAUCAAAAUGGCGUUGAUUUUCUCACCAGUUUCACAUUCGACACAAUCCAAGCUUUCAAAUGAGACCCCGAUAUGAAAAAUCCAAAUGGCAAAAAUUGGAUUCAUUACCAGUUGCAUUUCAUUGGCUGGAUUAGGUUCGCUUUUGCGUGUCAUCGCUCGGGUUGGGCAUGGACAAUCGAGCACCGAUUGGAACCGGGACUAACGUUCCGGUUCUCUCGGAAGAACGAGCAGCCCGAAAUGAGUUUCCCCCCGCAGGGUGUCCAGGGUGUCUCUCCCGUUGAGAUAGGGU